GAAAACGCGUGUAAUGAAGAAAAUAGUAAAAAAGUUUUUGUUGUAGCAUCGUUUCAUAUAACGUUACUGUCCGUGUCUUUAUUUAGAGUGCCUGUUAGCUUACAGUAGCGACGUAACGCUAGCUUAAUGAACUCUCUCAGCCACUAAGUUUUUAAUUUUAUCUCAGUCGGCAUUUAACGGACCUUGCUAUUUGCUUACGUACAAACUUUACCUAGCUCGUUUGUGUAGUGGCCAACUAUAAUUUCUCGUGUUGUGUGUUAGCAUGUCGGCUAGCUUGCUACAUUAUGUGAACAAAGAACGACUGUGGUUAGCUCGUUAGCCUAAUGAGGCUAGCAGCGUUAGCCGCUGCUACACUGACACCGGCUUCUGAUUUAAAAAAAAUGCCACGUAAGAAGGCGACAGACAUCUCAGGGAAUGGUGGGAUGAAGAAGAAGAGGGCCAGCGGCAAAAGGAAAGAGAGGGACUUCAGUAGCGAUGAUGAGUUUGACUUUGAGCAGGAAAACAACAAGAAACCUGGCAAACCUGCCGCCAGGUCUGGUCUCCAGCCUGUCACUGUGGCAGACGACGUCAAAGAGAAAAUAAAACUUGAGUGUCCAAAGGUCAAAGGUCAGCUGCUCAUCUUUGGAGCAACCAACUGGGACCUGAUUGGAAGAAAAGAGGUGCCCAAACAACAAGCUGCUUUCCGCAACUUGGGCCAGAAUCUGUGGGGUCCUCACCGCUACGGCUGUCUGAACGAUGUGCAGGUGAGCUGUGUGGUGUCUGGGCCCUGUGCUGCACACAGUCUCCUCGUGACCAGUGAGGGCAAGCUGUGGAGCUGGGGUCGUAAUGACAAAGGUCAGCUGGGUCACGGUGACACCAAGCGUCUGGAGGCUCCCAAAUUAAUAGAGGUCCUGGCAGACCAUGUGAUUGUUGCAGCAGCCUGUGGACGCAAUCAUACCCUGGCACUCACAGAGGAUGGCACUGCAUACUCCUUUGGUGAGAACAAGCUGGGCCAGCUUGGCCAAGGCAACCAGACCGAUGCAGUCCUCAGUCCAGCACCGAUUUCCUACAAUGGCCAGCCUCUGGUGAAGGUGGCCUGUGGUGCAGAGUUCAGCAUGGUGGUGGACUGCAAGGGAAACCUGUACUCCUUUGGCUGCCCGGAGUAUGGACAGCUGGGUCACAACAGUGAUGGGAAGUUCAUCGCUCGUGCCCAGCGCAUGGAGUUUGACUGUGAGCUCAUUCCUCGCCGAGUUGCUAUCUUCAUUGAGAAGUCCAAGGAUGGUCAGAUCAUGGCCAUGCCCAACGUGGUGGUCCGAGAUGUGGCCUGCGGGGCAAACCACACGCUGGUGCUGGACUCUCAGAAGCGAGUGUUCAGCUGGGGGUUCGGUGGUUAUGGGCGCCUGGGCCACACAGAGCAGAAGGACGAGAUGGUUCCCCGGCUGGUCAAACUGUUUGACUUCCCUGGUCGCGGUGCCAGUCAGAUCUAUACAGGCUACCAGUGUUCCUUCGCCGUCAGCGAGAUGGGGGGGCUGUUUUUCUGGGGGGUAACAAACACUUCCCGUGAGUCGACCAUGUACCCCAAAGCUGUGCAGGAUCUGUGUGGCUGGAAGAUUCGCAGCCUGGCGUGCGGGAAGAGCAGCAUCAUCAUUGCUGCAGAUGAGAGUACAAUCAGCUGGGGCCCCUCGCCCACGUUUGGAGAGCUGGGUUAUGGAGACAGCAAAGCUAAAUCUUCCACCACUGCCCAGGAGGUCAAGACCCUGGAUGGCAUCUACACUGAGCAGGUGGUGAUGGGAUACUCUCAC